AUGGAGGACACGUGGGCGAAGCUGGAGGAGCGGCGGCGAAUCGUGGCCGUCCGUUGCCGACGGCUGGCGGAGGAGCAAGCGGGCAUGGGGCGGGCGGAUGGCAGCAGGGCGGGGCACCACCUCUGCCUCUCUCCGCCAUUACAGCACUCACUCCACACUCACGCCUGCAGCCCAGCCAGCCACAUCAGCAGCCCGCCCAGCCACAUGAGCAACACGUGGCAGCAGCUGGCAGCAGCAGUGCAGUCAACACAGACACCAGCACUGGCGUGGUCACUCUUCCGAGCAGCAGGCACGCCUGCAGCACCCCUCUCACCAGCGCCACCACCCAGCAGUGCGGCAGCAGCAGCAGCAGCACUCUCCAGUCUCCACACUACUUCGGAGUGCCCUCCAUGGACGCUGCAGUGGCCCGAGUGCGAUCACACCUCGCUGCGCUGCACGCCCCACCACAUCCCCACAGCACCCUGCCUAUUGUACGCCGCCGCCCCCCCUAGCUCUGCGCUGUGCUCUCCUUAUGCCAUACCCUUCACCUUAUCUCCUACUCCUCCCCUCCUCACCCUCCUCUCCCCCUCCCCCCUCCCCUCUCUCCCUCCCCCCCUCCCCUGCCCCUCCUCCCUUUGA